AUGCCUAAACGACCAGCCACGUCGGGCUAUGCGCGCCUGGCCCAGGCUGAGGAAGACGAUCGAGACUAUUACGACGAAUCCGAGGGAGAUGGCCCAUACGCCGUGCCACAGACGAUAUCCGGCGGAACCCAGUAUGCGCCCAUCAAUGCCCGAGGGCAGAUGCACUCGUCCGGCCCAUCCACCCCCCCAGAAUACCGCCGCAGGAAUCCCGGUUAUACGCGACGUCGGAAGUACAGCAACUCCUCGGGCGUCGACAUCAAGGCUAUUAAUGCCCGGCUGGAGAAGUGGGCAGAGGAAAUCGCCUCCAAGUUCAAAAUCCACAAGGGACGCGGCAAAUCGCCGCAAGACGAGAAACUCGAAAUCCACCACUCGGUCUUCCAGGCCCCCGAUGGCGUUCGCCCCUUUACCGCUGCGCAGUUGGAGACAGAUGAACAUGAAUCUGAAGAGCGGAGUAGACGCGCCGAGUUCGAGGCCGUCGUGGAGAGUGUCCGUACCGCCAUCGAACUAGGUAUGCAUCCGAAGUUGAUCACACAGGGGAGCUCUGGUAGCUACUUUGCGCGUAAUGCCGACGGCAAAACGGUCGGUGUUUUCAAGCCCAAAGACGAAGAACCCUACGCGUCUAGAAACCCCAAGUGGACGAAAUGGCUCCACCGAAACCUUUUUCCCUGCUGUUUUGGACGAGCGUGUCUUAUUCCCAAUCUUUCCUACGUGUCCGAGGCUGCCGCGUACGUCCUCGACUCGCGCCUGCGCACCGAUAUCGUCCCCUACACAGACGUCGUCUGGCUCUCUUCGAAAUCCUUCUUUUACGACUUCUGGGAACGCAGAAAAGCUUGGAGAGGCCGAAAACCGCUACCACCGAAGCCGGGCAGCUUUCAGGUCUUCCUCAAGGGCUACAAGGAUGCCACCCUCUUUCUACGAGAGCACCCCUGGCCCGACCAAACCAACUCUGGCUUCAAUGCUGAUGACGCUCCGAAACGCAAGAAGAGGCCUUGGAACGAAGCAUGCCGGCCGUCAGGCGUUCAUUCGGAUGACGAAGACGACUAUGAGUACGACGCAGCUCAGGCUCGUACCCCGUCUCCUCAGAGUGAUAAUUCAGAAAACCGAUUCUAUUGGAGUGAAAAUCUCAAGCAAUCGUUUCGAGAAGAGCUUGAAAAACUCGUUAUUUUGGAUUACAUCAUGCGGAACACAGAUCGUGGUCUUGAUAACUGGAUGAUCAAAGUCGACUGGAAAUCGGAAGAAGUUUCGAUUGUGGCUGAUCCUCCAAAGGCCAACGGCCAGCCCAAGGAGGAUGACCAAGAAGACGCUGUACCCAACCGACCUGUUAUGUUGGAUGUUGAUAGAAACAACAGCUCGAACCGGACUUCUCCACUACCCUACCGGCGACACGAAGCUAUGGUUGCCACGAGCCGCACUGGCACUCCUUCUAAUGCUCUUGAAAAACACGCCUCAAUCAGGCUCGGAGCCAUCGACAACAGCCUGUCGUGGCCAUGGAAACACCCCGAUGCGUGGCGGAGUUUCCCAUUUGGCUGGCUGUUUCUCCCCGUUUCGCUCAUUGGGCAGCCGUUCUCUCAGAAAACACGAGACCACUUCCUACCUCUCCUCACCUCCACUGCAUGGUGGAGCGGCACACAGGCUGCCCUGCGACGUGUUUUUGUCCAGGACUCUGACUUCAAAGAGUCUAUGUUUGCCCGACAGAUUGCUGUCAUGAAAGGUCAGGCUUGGAAUGUUGUCGAGACCCUGAAGCAACCAGACCACGGCCCACUGGAACUUACCCGACGAACAAGAGUCUAUGUAUGGGAUGACCUGGUGAAUGUGCCCGUCGCUAUUCCUAUGCGGGCUCCUUCCACCGAGGCUCGACGACACCAGGCUCAGGCCUUUGGGCAGGAUUAUGACGAAGAGGAAAUGGACAUCAGCGCCGCAGUCUCGUCUGCGCCUGGCCCAGACCACGAUCUGCUGGGCUUCGGAGCCUCAACAACUGGCGACCUUCCAAAUCCUAACCGUUUUGAGCUGGCGCGUGGCCGGGCCUCUGCGGAACUGGGCAGUAUUGGCGAAGAGCCGGGCCGAGACAGCGACACAAUGUUUGACCUGGCCGAUGAUCGUAGUAGAGACUUUGCAAGCAGCUGGGCUCCCCAGCCUACUCGUCCACCCCCUCGCGCUCGCGGUAACACCACUGAUUCGACACAGGGCUACCAAGAUCGCUCCUCGAAACAUGUGCGGCAUAGCUCAUUCUCACACCGACGAGGCAGUAGUCAGUGGUCUUUCGGCGGCGCGGACGAUCUUGAAGGCGACCUGGGCUAUGCGGCCGCAGAAGGAAUGGAGGGCAAUGAGCGCAAGGUCAUUGUCGAGCGCCUUGAAGCUGUGAAAAGCAAAAACCCCAUUUUCACGUGGUGCUGA